CCAUGCAGAACAAUGGGUUCUGCCCCAGUGAGCACCAGCCUUGGCUCCAAGAGGAGUGGGGACGGCCCCGCCUGGGGGGCCAGCAACGGGGACCCCCAAGAUCCCUGGGGGAUCCAGGCUGCUCUGACCUGGCAGAGGUUUUGCAUGGAGAGUCUAAGGCUCCGAUGUGUACCCCAGGCAUGCUGACAAAACACCUGCUCUGCACUCUUUCAAGUGCAUGCCAUGCUUUCGUGACUAGGCUACAGACCCACCUGAGUCACUAAAUUCACCCUUUCACCAUCUGUUCUUUCCAUCAAAUACAGGUAUUAAAAGUAUUCUGAGUUUUUAUCUCAUUUAAAAAGACAUGGGUGGCUCAGUCGAUUAAGCAUCUGCCUUCAGCUCAGGUUAUGAUCCUGGGGUCCCGCGAUCGAUCCCGCCUGCUUCUCCCUCUGCUCCUACCCCCGCUUGUCCGCUCUCUCUCUCUCUCUCUCUCUCUCUGACAAAUAAGUAAGAUCUUAAAAAUAAAAAUAGAGCUCUUGACACAGGACCAGAGCAUGGGGAUCCAGCUAGAUGGGAUGGCAGGCACAGGGGACCUUCCUAAAGGAAAGGAUCAGAAACAUUCACAAAGGAAACGAACCAUGUUCACUGAGAAACAACUGGCAGAUUUAGAAUUCUUGUUCAGCAAGAACCCAUACCCCGCUCCCAGCCUUCAGAAAGAAAUGGCCUCGAAACUGGAGAUACAUCCCACCGUACUGCAGGUUUGGUUCAAGAACCACAGAGCAAAAGUCAAGAAAGCCAAACAACAGCAAUUAGCUGGGGUGGAAGUCAAGACCAGCUCUUCCAAGAGACACACGGAUGCCGCUCCAGGAGCCCCCGAUGGUGCCUACCCUGCUUCCCUAGUUUAUACAGAUCACCCCAUACCUUCCUUCCAACUCAGCAUAUGCUCCAAUUUUAAGGCUCUCUCAGACCAUCCUUCUGGCCACAAAAUAGUCCAUUUCGGCUGCUGCCGAGAUCCUAACAUCUACUCCCUAUGUCCCAUUACGGAAUCCCAAAUUCUUUCCACAAGCUUCACUGCUAAUUCUUUGGGUUUUUCAUCUCCACAAAGAACUUAG